AUGAACGAAAGGCGUCUGAGAGAUGUUGUUGCGGGAGCUGUGAUGGAAUCGUUACGGAGUGAUAAGGGUCUUUCUGUGGAGAGUAUUUUGAAUUGUGACUGGGAUCAAGUGGAAGAGUGUAUUGGGAAUCUGCAAGGAUUAAGUUUCCGGGAGUCUGGUGACUUUGAGAUGUUUUUGGGGAAGAAGGAUGAGUUACUUGGGCAUCUGAAGUAUUUCGCGCUGGAGGAUGCUUUUGAUGUUGAGCUGGAUGAGGAGCUUGAGAAUCAUCUGAGACCUUUUAUGGGCUGUGCGUAUUUGGUUGCUACGAAGCAGUUGAAUGUUUUUGAGAAGGCUUUUGCGAAUGUGAACAAUGUGGAAGUUGCAUAUGAUCUGUGCUGGAAGGAUUGUGUUUUGGAAUGCAAUCAUACUUUCCAAGACGUGAGACUGGAGAGUACUUAUCAGUAUGGAGAGAGAGCGAUGUUGGAUGAUUAUUAUCAUAAGAAUCUUUUCUGUUUUACGCUUAUGCAGGAUAAGGUUUAUUGCAUUGUUUCCGAUGCUCUGUCUCCUUUCAUUGUAUCAAGGUCUUUGUACAAGGGUUAUGAUGAACAGGGGUAUGAGUACAGUGUUUUGAUGAAGCCACCGUCGGAUGAGCUGAGAGAAGGAGCGAAGUCGUUGCUGGAGCAGUCUGGAAGGGGCGAGGAGUUUGAAGCUUCAAAGGGGCGUUUUACUGAGUUGUUCAAGAAAGCAUACAGAGAGGCGCAGGAUCGUGUUGAGGAGGCGAAAGUGUGUAUCUGUGAGCGCAUAUCGAUGCUGGAUCAUCCACUUGGACCUUGGUUUCCUCUGCCAUUGAGUGGUUUGGAGACUGUGAUUGACAGGGUAAACACGGGUGAAUAUGGAGGAGAUGCGUGUCCGAUGGAUGAGGAUGAGGAUGAGGAUGAGGAUGAGGAUGAGGAUGAGGAUGAGGAUGCAAGGCAAGGGAUGAAUGAUUUGGUGUCUGAGAGCGAGUGGGACUCUGACUCAGAUGAGAGUGAAAUCUGA